AGCAAUUUUCUCAAGAUAUUUUGACGAGUCGUGUGGUGAAAUGUCGACCGUAAUUCGCGCGAUUUUUUCUCCCUCUUCGCGUCAGAAAUAAACAAAAGCGCGGUGUGUAAAUAAAUCAAGUGGUAUAGCGCCGCUACAAGAUAACAACUUCUCCCACUCGACUUGGGCGCUUUGGAGUGCUUUAAUCUCGUCCAGGCGACUGCGAUCGCGAAGAGAAGUUUUCAUUUUAAGUUUGAACUGGUCGCCGCGAGCUCGUGGGUUUGUUCCCCGCCCGUGAAUUUGUGUUGAGCCCAACUGAAAUCUGGCUGAACAUUCCGCGGCAAUAACUCUUGGCCCCGAUAAGCGAUAAGUGCAAGGAGAAAGUCAUCUUAGCGGCGACAUUGCCACCCGGACGGCGACUCAUUGGCGCCAAGUGUCGUUGGUGUAAUGGCGCGUAACAGGGCCGUGUAAUUGUGCUUUUCGCGCCGAACGGAGUGUGUUCAAAACACUAGCGGCGAAGGUAAACGGUGCGUCCAAGUGACGCAGAAUUAAAAAUAGCGCAACAGACCAGUCAGAGACGGCCGUCAUAGCCAGGGGCACACGCACGCACCCCGGCACAGUGUAGCGGCCGAAAGCGACGCACACAUUCAAAUCAGCGCGCCUUCACUUCAGUCACCAUCACUUUGAGUACUGACGCGCCAACUAACGGGGAAAAAGAGCAGCUUGGUGACUGGUCGAAGUAUCGCGUGUCCGUGACAGCACUUUGACAACCGAUAGAAUUGAGCAAGGUUGGAAAUAAUUUGUGUGUUUAUGGUCGCGAUUGCCGGUCGCUGGGUGAAUGUAAACCGUGAAUCACUGGCCAAAAAGUGUGCUUAAAUAUUGACAAUUGACUUGUGCGUAAACUGAUGCCGUUCGGAAACGCGCGGCUGUGAUAUAAUCGAUUUGUAUGGCGCGCGACCGGUCAAUGUACUCAUUUAAUUUUUCUAUUUCGUAGUGAAUGUUUAUUUUGUGCGUAAAGUGUUACACUUUCAGACGCUUAAUGUAUGGAAAACUAUUCAAAUAUUCAAAUCAAGUUCAGCGAGACUAAUGAGCAUUCGAAUUGGAGUUGCAUGAAUAGGAAAAGCGCCAGAUAAAAAUGAAUCGGACAAUGGAUAAUCUCGAGCAACUCCCAGACGAGGAGCUUCAGCAGCGACUGCUUCAGUUUGGCUUCCCUCGACUGCCUGUGACGGGAACAACACGAAAGAUCAUCAUCAAAAAAUUGCGUAAUAUCAUGAAUAAUGAAAAAGCUAAAUUGCGCCGGGAAACCAAAUAUGCCACUCGCUAUUCAUCCGAUGAAGACUCAUCUGACGUCGACUCACGAAAGAAGCAACAACGUGCCACAACAGUAGGUGCCUCAACGGUUCGGACCUCUUCAUAUAACAGUCAAAUGCCACCGCCUGCGACGACCACCAUUCGUCGAGCGACAACGAUAACUAGCAAUGUUGGAAAUAUCGGAGGGAUGACAUCUUCAUCUCCUAUUCAAGAUUCUAAACGUUCUCCUGAGAGCAGCCGAAAUCUUCGGAAUUCUAUAUAUGUUCCGCCACCGAUUUUGGCCACUGACAGCGACGAUGAUAUCGACUACAGUUACAGACCGAACAAUUCGAUAAACUCCAGAUUGUCGGCUAGUCCGAGUGUAAGAAGUUCGAUAAGGUCGUCUUAUUCGACGAAUGCAAAUUAUCUUUUUACACCGGAUAAGUCACUCGACGAAUCGUCGUCAUCGUCAACAGCGUCGUAUUUGAGGAAUCGGUAUAAACCAUUGGGGCAAAAAAUUAAUGUGGACUCUUCACCACCCGUCACUAAUGGUAAUCAUCGAAGCGGGGAAAAUUCUCUUUAUUCAAGUGAUUUUACUCAAAGACUUCUGAAGUUGAGAGGUGAUACGAUCAGAGACAGUGUCUACAAGGGCAGCUACCCCACUCCACCACCUAGAGAGCCAUCUGAUGUUGUCUAUCAGGUGCCAGAGCCUCAACAAAACAUAUCACCGCGCGCGGCAUUCUCAAAUCUCAUCAAUCGACUGGACGAACAGUACGGAGUCAAACAGACUCUGAUCCCAUGUGUUCUACUUAGCGCCUUGAUUGUAUUUUUCGCGUUGGUCAGCGUCAUGUACUUGACGAUAAGUCCCGAUUUGGCUAAUACAAUCAGCGAGAGAAAUACCUUUUACAAAAUUUGUGAUUCAGAUGUGCAUUCGGCCGUUGGGUUUUCACAGUUGACUUGCAUCGAACAGGGAAAUCUGAAUGGAGCUCUGGAGUUGCUUCGAGUAAUAACUCCUGAAUUACAGAAAAGAACUGAGUACCACAAGUGCAAAGAUAGUACAGUACCUUUUACUCUGGGCGCGAAAGAAAUUGUAAGAUUAGUACAAGCCUCCCAUCCGCAUAUCAAUGUGCGGCAAACCAUUCGAGAUUUGCACAACGUAGAAUAUCUUAUUCAUCAAAAUCCACAGUGGAAAAUCAGUCCCGUAGAUGCGGACGGUAAUCCCUUGACAUUUGAUCAAGUAUUGGCUUUGCGAGACGCACAAGCCUAUAGCUUCGCCAUUCUCAACCCCCGCCUUCCAUUCACCUGCUCAUUGUACAACAAGCUCCAGAAGUUCUUUCUGUACGUCGGUAUCAUCGGGAUAUCGCUCGUUGCGGUCGGUGGCUUGUAUAUGGUGUACAAACUAAUCGUUAGAUAUCGGCAGUCGAAAAGAGACACAGUUGCAUAUCUAAACGAUGAAAUUAUUAAUAAUUUGAUGAGGAAGGCGGCAAGCAACCCGGAUGAACCAUUGGUUGUGGUGAAUCAUCUAAGGGACAAAUUAAUACCGCUUCAUAAGCGACGGAAAAUGGAGUGGGCAUGGAACGAAACUAUUCGAUUUCUUCAGCAGAAUGAUAGUCGGGUUCAGUUCGAAGUAGGCAUCAGGAACGGCGAGGAGUGUCUGAUGAUGAAGUGGGUCGACACAAUAUCUCCCGAACAAAUCGGACAACGGUCCCCCAUCAAAAAGUGGCACAGUCCUGCCUUUGAUAACACGAAUAAAAUCGUAAAUCCUCCAACGCCUUGUUUGAAAAUCCGCUACAUGUUCGACAAGCAUGAGGCGAACAAUCCCAAUUUGAAGACAAUAAUUCAGGAUGCAAUCCUGGAAAAGGUCGGGUCCGAUUGUAAAAUUUACGACAUUCAACUGGACAAGGUCAAUUGCUGGGUGUAUGUUCGAUGUGCGAGCGAUAAAGAUGCUGGAAUCGUCCACGAUAAAAUUAAUGGAUGGUGGUUCGAUAAGAGAUUGGUUUCAAUUAAAUUCCUCCGGCUGGAGAGGUAUCUUAGUCGAUUUUCGAAUUCAUCAUCGGGACCAACGUGCCUUCGACCAUCGAAUACGAAGAAUUUGUCCAUGUCGCAGUGUGAGAUGCGCGACGCGAAUGCAAUGCAUGCCAUGGAGGACGAUGAUGAUGACUUAGAGGAUGAUGAGAUGGACGACGAUUAGGUUAUUAACGAUUGCGUGUAAGCUAAAGCUGUAUUUGUUGAAAAUGUUGUUUAUUUUGUAUAUUCUAUAUUUAAAAGAUGCUCGAAGGGAGAAUGUUCAUUUUUAUAGCAUCCUAUUUUCUACGAUAAAAUUUGAACCAAAGUUUUACGAUGCGGCAUAUGAUGGACAUCAGUGGAAUAAUUAGAGAAAUGCAUUGUUCGAAGUAUUUCAACCGCUGACUACGAUCCUUUGAUCAGCAGCCGAGAAUUCCGGAUAUUUGCAUUUGAUGAAAGCUUUCCGCGCAGGCUUCACGACAACUUCACAUAAGUGAGAAAUCGUUAUUCAUUUAUACUCAGGCGGGAAGGCUCGAUAGCGGAGAAUUGACGAAUUGGUUCUCUCUCCGUCAUUUGACCUUGCUGCAGAUAACUGAACCUCAAAUUAGAAUCCCCGUCCGAAGUUAUAUUUCACUAGCAAAAGGAUGGUUUUAGCAAUGAAGCAUUCUGCGAACUUAAUGUGAGUCUAGCGUUUCCACUUUUAUACACAAAAUAGCUAAAUGCGCAUUGACCGGAUGCAAGUCAAAUAUAGCCUAAAUAAGAAGUCUAGGAGUUAGCCAAGGAAAGUUCUGUCGACGGGAAGACGCAGAGGAGCGAACUGUUUAUAGUUUUCCAAUAACAAUUAUUAAGGUUUCACACUAUAGGACACAAUUUUACACAUACAUUACUACAGUACAUUAAAUUUAAUGUUAAUAAUUCGAAAUAGUUGUACACAGACUACGUUGAUUACCUUGCAAACAUAUGUUUUUCCGCUCCCAGCAGCUAAACUAGCUGGGGAGCGAGCACAAACUGCUAAGCCUUUACUAAGAACUAUAAAUUUUUAACAACCCUACUUUUAAGCUAAAUCAUUUUCGUUUUUUGUAAGAGUUGCGAUUUGUUAUCCUUUACCUUACGCUGUUCAUUAACCUUCCGCAAAAUUCAUUACCAGAACAAGAUCCACCACAAGCUUAGAAAGGUAUCACACAGAAAAAGGGAGGUGAAAUUUUAUAAAUUCUCAUCAACUAAUAACGCGCUGACUAGAGUAAUAACGUUUGACAUUAUACUUUUAACAUUGAGUUUAAGAAGGAUCCACUAAGACUAUUAGAAUUUUAUUUUAUAUGUAAAAAGGAGUAAGCAAAAAAAUUCAAAUCCCCCGAUGGCGUGGUUGUUUGUUGAAGGGACUGACGAAUCGAAAUGGUUUUUAGAUUAUCCUGUGGAAGCGUAAGGCUUAUCCGGAGCAAAAUUAUUCAAUAAGAACAUUAUAAAUGUAAACAUGAAGCAAAUUGAGUUGUAUUUGAUUUUCCCAUUAUGAAUGUUGUUCAGAAGGUGAUCCAAAAUUAUUAUGUAAAGGAUAUGUGGGUGGUUAGAACUUGCCUUGUUACUGUAUUUACGUUUUGCUUUAGCUCAUAAUUUCUGUAUUCAUAGUAAAAUAGUAAUGCGCUAAUUAUCCCCACUAAAAAAAAUGUAAAAUUCAAAGAAAGAUGAACGCCUUGUUCUGAAUUUAGUUCAGUAAGGUGUGCGGAGACAUGAGUUGUUUUUUUUUUUCAUUGUUUAAUAUUUAAUAAGAUACAAAAUAAAAAAUUAUAUCAAACAAGA